AUCGUCUUGCUCAGCGUGAUGCCGUGAAAUUUGGAUGUUGACUAUCCGCGCGUCUGAAAAGUGGAAAAGUGGAUCCCCAUGUUAGCCCUACAUGGAAGGUUAAUCCGCGGCCUUCCGUGUCGCCGACGGCCAGUUCUUUGACUCCGGGGACCUGCAGCGCCCCACUGAAUUUGGCGAUACCCAACUCCCGUUUCGUAAUUGAGCCGUUGGGUAAGAUGCCGAACCCCGUCGAACAGAAUCUGCGCGUCGGAAGCUGCCGAAUCGCGAAACCCCCACUAAGGAAAGUUCAACGAGGGGUCCGCCUCAAAAUCUCAACAAAACCCCCCCCACAUCCCCACCUCUAGCCGUCAACACCAGCCAGCCAGAUACCCACCGUCCACAAUCGCUGCAAUGUCUCUCACCCCCGAAGCUACCGAGGAACUCGAAAUCCUCUGCACGACCCUCAAAUCCUCGCUGAAGCAGUACCCCGACUUCCCGCAGCCGGGCAUCCUCUUCGAGGACAUCCUCCCGAUCUUCGCGUCACCCUCGCUCCACACCGGUCUGAUCCGCGCCCUCGAGAUCCACCUGACCGCUGCCCACCCGCCCACUCUCACGCCUCCCUUCGCCGGCGUCGAUGUCGUUGUCGGUCUCGAGGCCCGCGGCUUCCUUUUCGGCCCGUCACUCGCCCUGAAGCUCGGUGCGGCAUUCGUGCCGGUGCGCAAGGCCGGAAAGCUCCCUGGAGAUUGCGUCAAGGUCGGGUACCAGAAGGAGUACGGAGAGGAUUUCUUCGAGAUGCAGAGUGGCGCCAUCAAGGAGGGCAGCCGUGUGGUCAUCGUCGACGACAUCAUUGCCACAGGUGGAAGUGCUGAGGCCGCGGAGAUGCUGGUCACCAUGUGUGGUGGAACUGUUGUCGAGUUUUGCUUUUUGAUGGAGCUCGGGUUCUUGAAGGGACGGGACAAGUUGACGGCGCCGGUGUUUACGUUGUUGACCGGACAGGAGUAAGCCGGAGGGCGGGUGUAAGAUGGGGUCUUCAAUAGAUAGACAAUAUCAUGGCUGGUUCAUCACGUC